UGCUGCUCUAUUUAAAUGCCAGAGUUCCACCAUCAAAACAGAGAGAAGGACGCCACAAUAUGAUGGACCUUUUUGAGACCAGCACCUAUCUUUUCGGUGAUUUACGCUAUUUGGAGGACGGGGAUCAUGGACCGCUACAGCACAUGGACAUGGCGGGGGAGUCUCCUCUGUACAACGACAACGACAGCCCGUUGUCUCAUGGCCAGGAGAAUGUCCCGUCCGAGACAGGAGGGGAAAGCAGCGGAGAGGAGCAUGUGCUCGCCCCCCCGGGUCUUCAGUCGCACUGCGAGGGCCAGUGCCUCAUGUGGGCCUGUAAGAUCUGUAAGAGAAAGUCGGCGCCGACAGACAGACGCAAGGCCGCGACGCUCCGGGAGAGGAGAAGGCUCAAGAAGAUCAACGAGGCCUUUGAUGCGCUGAAGAGGAAGACUGUGGCUAAUCCUAACCAGAGACUACCCAAGGUGGAGAUCUUACGCAGCGCCAUUAACUACAUUGAGAGGCUACAGGACCUGCUGCAGACAUUGGAUGAGCAGGAGAAAAUUCAAAACCGGUCUUCCUUUAACACCAAAGAACUCAACGUGGCCAAUGAUGAGUAUCAGUGGAAGAAGUCCUCUGAGAGCUGGCGAGCCUCCGCUGAUCAUUCCAGUGCAGCAAUGAACCAGAGAGAAGGACCCAGCGAGUCGUCAGCGUCGUCCAGCCUCCUGCAUCUGUCCUCCAUUGUGGACAGCAUCACAAACGAUGAGAAAGUCAAGUUCUCUGCAGACGUCUCCGAAAACUGAAGUUUAAUCUAAAGGAUUAGAUUUAGAGUUUCCAUUGCUUUUCCUCAAAAUGUUUUCUGUUUUUCAAGCAUUCUGGAGUCCUCGUUUGUACAGGGGAAGCAAUGCAUUUGUAAAUAUUUUAUAUUGAAAAGAAGGGUAUUUAUUAUGUGUUCAAUGGCUGACGAGCUUUUGGAGCAAACUGACGUUUUAUUUAAAUAUUUGUACAUAUGACCAAGUGAAUAAAACACUCCCUUGUA